UGUGGCUGACAGUCAAGCGCGUUUUGGAUCUUUGAACGCUAAAAAUUGUGAUGUAAAAACGAGAAAAAUAAAUGUUUACUGGCCAUCAUGGCGAAUCCACGGAAAUUUAGUGAGAAAAUUGCCCUCCAUCAUCAAAAACAGGCAGAGGAAACAGCUGCUUUUGAACAGAUUAUGCGCGAAGUUUCCGACGCAACCCAAAGGCCGGAGGAAUUACCGCUAUCAAACCAGUAUGCUAUGGCCGGUGGCCGCAGCGGCGGCACGUCGCCGUCGCGCUCGCCGGCGGGGCAGCGGGGCCGCGCCUCCUCCUCGGUGGGCCCGAUGCGUCGCCCAGCAGACAGAAAACACGAUACCAGCCCUUAUGGGAGCACUGUAUACUUGAGUCCACCGCCGGACAGUAACUGGCGCCGUACGCACUCGGACUCAGCGCUGCACCAGUCGUGCGGCGAGCAACAGGCGGCCGUGCAGCCGCUGUCGCCGCACCGGACCAUGCACUCGCACGCACACCCGCAUCUACACCCGCACCAGAACCAUCGGAGAGGUGACAUACAUUUAGAUGUUCUAUCGGCAAUGAAUCCCGCAAACCGGCCGAGAUCGUCAUGUGAAAUCCCCAGAAUACCUAACAAUAACAACACGUAUGACUGUUUCGACAGCGUGUACGCGGGCGCGGAGGGCGGCGGCGCGCUGGGCGGCGCGCUGGGCGGCGCGCUGCAGCACGCGCCGCACACGCCGCGCGCCGACGCCGACUACCAGCCGCGCUAUUCGCCGACGUCGCCGGGCGCGGUGUCGCCGGGCGGCGGCAGCGUGUCGCCGGCGACGGGCGGGCUGUCCCCCGCGUCGGGGUCGCCGGUGGGCGCCACGGUGCCGCUGGCGCAGCACCACGCGCUGGACCACGUGGCGCCGCUCUACGACGCGCAGAAUCACUUAUCUGUACCAAACACAAAUAAUUAUCUUCAUCAUAAUAAGAACAUGUCGCCUCUGGACCACAGCUGGAUACCGUCCGGAUACCAGACGCACUGUAGUCCGCCCUCACAAUAUUCCUCCACGUCGAACAUAAACAUACCUUCACCAACGAUGGUGCACAGUCCAGGUAGUCCUGUGGAAUCCCCACAAACAGACUACAACAACCUACAUCAAGCGUUGUUACAACCUUUCGAGCAAAUCACAAUGCUGGACAACCCUGUAUCGAGUUACAAUACGACGUAUCUCAACCACGGGUCACCGCACUCACCACAGACGACGAAUUCAUCAUUAUCAUAUCCCCAGUCGACGGCGACGAGUUGCGGCAGCGGUAGCGGCGUGGGCAUGGGGUGCGGGCGACGGAACGCGCGCGACCCGGUGGCGGGCGGCCUGCAACCGCUCGCCUCGCCCUCCGCGCCGCCCACGCCCGCCACGCCCGCCAGCAUACCCGACAUCGUGCUCACUGACUACUCGGGCGAGCUGGACGCGGGCAUGUUCGGUGGCGAGGAGGCGCAGCUGCGCGCGGGGCUGGACCUGGACGACCUCAGUCUGCUGGAGGACCCCACGGCGCUGGUGCCGGACUCGGACGUGGAGCACGGGUUCCGCCUGGACCGCUUGUAGUAGGGCGCGCGCCCCCCGCGCCCCGCGCCCCCGCCCCCCUCCGCCGACGUCGCUGCACAUUCCGCUGCGGAUCCAAGUGUUCAUUGUGGUUAAGCGUUUUACUCAUGUUUCUAUGUCGAAGGGGUAGGUAAGUAGAGUUAGUUCCGAAACGGUGACGAUCGACUUGUGGACGAUUCGUGUGCGGCCCGAGGUGAUUAUUUUUAUUAGUAUUGUGAAUAAUUUACUCGAAUAUCAUUAGGAAAUUGAUUCGGAUUCGAUCGAGUUUUUUAUUAUUACUGUUCUAUGUCAAAUUCUUGACAGUGAUUUCUUUGUACAUAAAAAAACUAAAAGUGUUAACUUUUGAUGAAAUUGCAUUUAAAUCGCUAAUGUUGCAUGCUAGUAUAACUACGAAUCCUUGGUUGCGUCGUUUAACGAAUUGUUAACUGGUUUUAAUACUUGAGAGCACCGUAUUUCUAUUAGACAUGAAUGUUGUCGUUCAGUGAUUGCUCAAGCGUCAAGCAGCGACUGAGUAGAGCGAGCAGUCUACACUGAUUACACUGGUAUAGCACGAGCUUUCCUCUGUUAUGUAGCAUGUGUACAUUGUGUCUCAAUCUCCUAUUCCUUUCUGAAUAUAGUUGUUUAGUGUAAACAUUCUAAGCCAUUGUAAAUAAGAGGGAUGCUGUUUAUGAGGUUUUUAAUAAGCUUUUGUCGCAAACAUAUCUAAAUAUGUGCGUAUGUAUGGUUGCGCGGCUCGAAUUGUAUACAUCGAUUAUGUAAGUUCGAUUUUUUAUUUUUUUAUUAUACUUGGUCUAAUCAUGUAGGUAAAGGGUAGCAGUGCUCACACUUUGUUUUGUAAGGAUUUAUUGUCGUAUGAUCUACGUCACAGUUCAAGUAUCAUUAUAGUAAGUAGACGUGCUGGACAGUAAAUCGUUGUAAGACUAUCAUUCAAUACUUUUGUGAGUAUGCUCUAGUCUUUACACAUCACUUUGUUUCCGUGUUGUGAUUGUAAACACGUCUUUGAAACUGAAACCCUCAUUGUACAAUUUGUAUACCGGAUAGCCAGCGAUGGGCUCAGAUGUGUAGGGCGAUACGUCUGUAUUGAGAAAUUUGAUUAUUUCCUGUGCCACGAGCACCUUUUAGUUGUUUACUUUGUUGAUAAAAGUACAAUUUUAUUAUAAUGACAUGAAAUAUUUUUGUAAAUAAAUAAUCUUUCAAGCACGUACAAGAUCACAGGUUAAGAAUACUUAGCCUUUUUGGGAAUGCCAUCAAUGCGGUUUUCUUCUAGAGCGAGUUUUACUGACGUUACUGCCUUUUGUUCGACUUUUGUCGCUAACUCUAUCUUAACACCGCAACAGUUUAUCAUGGCAUUCCUCGCCCUGUCUGUAUACUUCAAUCGUACUCAAUGUAUGAUUUAGCAUUUACGGAAAUGUCUCGACUGAAUAGUUGUCAAUUUAUUCUUACGGUUGGACCGUAUCUUUGCACGACAAGUGCGACAUCCCAUCGCUGGCUACCCGAUUUCAUUAUUUUAAUGUAGCUAGCCCACAUUCGAUCUGGCCAGCAGUUUCCUCCAGAGUUGUUAACGUUUACGUUUCGUCUUUCAAAAAUAACGAUUUUAAUAACCACACCCAUACUUUAGCAUCUAAAUAACGAAACGACAACGUAAACGUGAAUAGUUCUCUAUACCCCUGUGACUAAGUUACACAUUCGUUCGCAAUUAGUUUCCGACAGAUACUCGAUGCUAGAUCAUAUCCUUGUUCUCUGUUAAUAGAACAGUAACUAUCUGAAGUUAAACUUUAUAUAGUUAUUAAGUUUUGAUAUAUUUAGUUGUUAAAUACACCUUGCACUCGUAACAUUAAUUUAUAUAUAUAUUUUCUCUCUUUAUAUGAGCUUAUAAUUCUAUAAUUUUUAUAAUACAUGUAUGACAUUGAAAUUAUUUGAAUACGGACGUCCAGUUAAUAUUACGAGUGCACCGACAUACAAGUAGACAUUUGUGUUUUUCUGUUUUGUAAAUGCUCAUUAUAUUAUGUUUUAAGAGUCUAGUCAUCAAAUUAUGUUCAGGAAGUUUUAACAGAUUCAUACAAUUCAACUGAUUAUAAAUGUACAGAUUUCAUUCCAUUACAAUUAUGAGGCAAUUUGAAUACAGUGAUUAGUUACAAUAUGUGUAUAGAAAGUACCGGAGCGGGGACGAGCGGGCCUCCCGCGGCUAUUUGAUACCUGCUCGUUUACAAAAGUCAUAUCUAUUGCAACAUAAGUAUGUAUUGUAUAUCGUUUACGUUGUGUACAGUGUACGCAGAUUUACGACUGUUCGUGUUGUUAUGGUUUUAAAGUUUUAUUUAAAAUUCCGCCAUAGAGGUAUGUACUGUAUGACAGAUGAUAUACUUGUACUGUAUAAAUAGUUAAUGUACGAUAAUUGUGAUAAAGUAAAAAGCACAACAUAAUUCAUUGUGAAGCCUAAUCUGACGUUAAAAGUAAGUUUCUUUUCUUAUUAAAUUUUAAAUAGUGUUUUCUAAAUUUAGAUACAUUAUGUACAUGUUAUAUAAGCUAGUGUCUGCCAAAUGCAGAAGUUCACGAAUAUCGGUCGGGUUUGAUUUUGAGUUUGAGUCAGGUGCAAUAAAUGGAGUAUGUGUUGGAAUGUUUCGACUGUCAUGACACUGUUCAUUGAAUUUUAUAAUGUCCAUGUUAUUUUAUUAUUCAAUUCGAAAAGUACAAAGUCUAAAUUGUGAAUGUUCAGUUGCGACUGUGCGUGACAAUGCCGUGCGUAGUAGAGCGGGCGCGCCACGAGACAUGUGACUGACUGUCUGACUACGUGACUGGGUGACUGUGACUGUAUGACUAUGUGACUGCGUGGCCCGGCCGCUCUACUAACGCCACGCAUUUGAAAAGUACUCAUAGUUAUAAAACCUGUUGGAUUUUUUUACCUUUUGCAUUUUGGAGUUAAGUUAUAAAUAGUAAUAGGAUAAAAUGUAUGUGCAGUUAUGAGAAUGUUUUCGAUGCCCUUGGAAGCAACGAGACACCAAUCUGUGUGAUCGAGUAUUUCUACAAUUCUUAAAUCUAUGAAUUCAUACGACAUUUAAUUAUAGGACAUAUGUUUUUUCUCAAAUAUGCACAAACUUAAUGAAGAUUUUGCGGUAAAAUGUUUCAAAGGUUUGUUUUAUUUAAACCAAAUGUACAUAAGUGUGAUAGAGAUGAAACGGUCUCAUUUAAAAUAAAGUUGUUGUAAGUA